GUUCUUGUAUCUUGGUUAACAAAAAGAAGAAAAUGUAAAAAUUAGGAGAGAGACAACAUAAAGUUUGCAAAAAGAGACACUUUGAAAUACUGUAGAAACCACAAAAACACUUUUCAUUUAUAGACCAUUUAAUUAUUUUUUAAACACUAAAAAUUAGUCACAUAACUAAAUUUUACUAAAAUACUAUUUUUAUUCUGUUUAGAACUCCUUUUAAGAUAUUGGAGCCAUGAGGUUGCCCUUAUAUACACUUUCAGAUGAUUAUGUACUGCUUCUAAUAAUGAUAAACAACCUUAAUAAAUAGAUAAAGAAUUGCAUGAGCAGCCAAAUAACAACAUUUUAAACCUAAAACUGAUAGGGAAGCGGGAAAAGAAAACAUUGACUGAUACAUACGUCACCAGAAAACCACGUGUCAAGUUCGUAUUGGAUGAUUAGAGAAAAAGUUAUCAGAAACAGGCUAUAUAAACCACGUGAAGGAGGUAGCUUAGUAAAGGCGAGCGUAUAAGUUGAGUCGUUUUCUUCUUCUCCUUUCUCGUAGUCACUCUCCUACUUUACCCUCUUCUUCUUCUCAGCUCGGAAGUUUGUUUUUUUUUUUGAUUAACCUGGAGGGACUUCCACCCCCAGGGGCCAACCCCUCGGCGCGAGGCGGACCAUUUGGUACUAUGGGGAAUUAGAACUCGGGUGCGUAUUGAGGCCGAAGCUCUCUCAACACCACCAGGCCAACUCCGCUGGUUAGCUCGGAAGUUUGUUACCGACUGCGAUCAUCAAAACAGAGCCUCGCCGGUUAUCUCGAACUGGAAUCUUUUCUUUCUUCGGUGAAAGAGAAGAUGAAGAUAUUUGUCAAAACUCUGAAGGGGGCUCGCUUUGAGAUCCAGGUCAAACCCGAUGAUUCGGUUGCUGAUGUGAAGAAGAACAUAGAGACGGUGCUGGGAGUUACUGCUGCAGAACAAAUGCUUAUUCACAAAGGGAAAAUGCUUAAAGAUGAAACAACAUUAGAGGCUAACAACGUUUCCGAGAAAAGCAUUAUUGGCGUUAUAAAGAGAAAACCUGCAUCUACCGGAACGUCUAGCCUUAAACCUCAGGCGUGUUGGACUCUUUCUUUAACUAGACUCUUAGACUGAAGUAGCAUGCAGUCUUUAUGUUUGGCAUAUAAUGACAUUGAUAAAGCUUUGGAAUAUCUUUACUUUGUGAGUUCUUCUUCAGAACCAUUCUUAAGACUGAUAAGUUUUUUUCUUUUAAAGGAGCUCCCGGUGCAGUUUGAAGAUCCUUUCAUAACGGAGGGUGAAACUCAUCAAGAACCUGAACGUCCUUCAGUAGCCGACCUAGAACGGGCACUUGAUUUCGCGCGUUACAAUCCGGAGUACGAGUAUCUACGAGCUUUGGCGCAAUCAGAUGGCUUCUUACGCUUACAACUUGAAGGAGGAACAUGUGGCAACGAAAUGCAGCAGCAGCCUCAUGAACACCAAGAAGUCCAGACCAACGAACCAAACAAUGGAGGAGAUGGUGGCAACCUAGUGGGAGAAUCUAAAGAAACUGAUGUUGAAGUCGCCACCCCUGAGGAUUAUGAAUUGAUCGCACGGCUGGAAGCACUGGGAUUUGAGAGAGGUGAUGCAGAGGUGGCGUACUUCGCCUCCAACAAGAACGUACAAGAGGCUGCAAACCAACUUCUCAGUGACAAGCACGAGCCUCGACGAGAAUGACACCAACUAAACCAUGAGUUUCUUUAUUGGCUAUCUCGUAGUGGUUGCAUAUCUUUUUUUCUAUCGAGAACCAAAUGUCAUUGUUCUGUAACCUGGUUUCUUUUGCUCUGGUUACACAGUUGGAAUACUGUGGUUCUUUUUCUUUUGUUGUUGUGAAAGUUAACUUGGAAUACUUUUCCAGAUGAUUACAGAUACACGCCUAAAUGAUUUGUUUUUUUUUUUUUU